AUGGCCUCCCAGUCUCUACUUUCCCGGCGAUCGAACGCCACGACCGAGGCCCUCCAGCAGUUUGGCUUCCGGGCUAUGCAGAAUGCCUCCGUACCAAGGGUAACUGGACAGGCAAUCCUCGACCUUUCCGUGGCUGAGAAUUGGUCCAUUCGGUCGGAAGUCACGUCCUUGUUUCAGGAGGCAGUUCUCGCGGGACUUGAUGAUCGACGACUGUCCUAUAGCAAUAGCUAUUUUGGGGAUACGGACUUGAUUGAGGCAUUAGCUUCCUUUUUCAACCGGUAUUUCCGGCCAUAUCGACCCGUCGAGCCUGCACAUGUGGCCAUUGGACCGGGAUCAUCGGCUUGUCUAGAUGCUCUGAUGCAUCAUAUCUGCGAUCCCGACGAAGGAGUCCUCAUCCCAGCUCCCUUUUGGAAUGGAUUCGACUUCCACUUCGCUAUCCGUGCUCGGGUCCAGCUCGUUGAAGCGCAUGUCGACACACUGCACAACUCGACGGAUCCAGACCGCUUGAUCGCAGCGUUAACACAGGCGUUUGACAAGAGCGCGUGCCGGAUCCGAGCUCUCGUGAUCACCAAUCCGGGUAACCCCCUGGGUCAGUGCUAUUCGCGGGAAACACUUCGACGCUGCGCGGAGUUCUGCCAACAACGGAACCUUCAUCUCGUCUGCGAUGAGCUGUACGCCCUCUCCUGCUUCCAGCAAGACAUGCUCAAACCUAACAGAUUCAACUCGAUUCUCUCGCUUGAUCUGGAGUCCUGUGGGCAUGACAUGUCACGAGUUCAUACUGUCUGGAGCCUGAGCAAGGACUUUGGUUGUAGUGGUCUUCGCAUGGGAUGUAUCGUCUCACAGGCGAAUCCCACACUUCUCCUGGGCCUGUGCUUGCCAAUGAGUGCACAGGUGUCUUCAUUGACUGCGCUCUGUACGGCUAGUCUACUGACCUCCCCGGAGCUUCCACGGCUCAUCCAGUUGAAUUCCGAGAGGCUAUUGGACUGCUACAGGCUCUUGACGGAUUUCCUCGACUCCCGCCGCAUCGAGUAUGUACCAGCCACGGCCGGACUCUUUGUUUUUGCUCGAUUGCUGCCAAUGGCGAAAUCAUGGGAUGACGAAGCCAGUCUCCAACACCGCCUACGACGGGAGGGUCUGCUUGUGAGUCCAGGGAAGCUAUAUCAUCUCACUCCUCGGCAGAUUGGGUGGUUCAGAUUGACCUUUGCAAUACCAAAGGAUCAAUUGACCGAGGCAGUGGCGAUUCUGGCCCGUUGCUUGUGA